AUGUCCGCCCACGAUAAGAGCUUGGCGUACCCCUUCCCCAUCUCGAUGAAGAUGUAUCGAGAGCAGUGUGAGCGGCUGGGCGCGUCGCUCCAGCAGGCGUUCCCGGAGGGUGGCCACGCGGCGGUGCUGCAGGCCGCCUCUGAGGUGCCGGUGAACUCGACGGACUGCAACUACCUCUUCGUGCAGGAGAGCUACUUCAACUACCUCUUCGGCGCGGAGAUUCCGGACGCGUACGGCGCUGUGCUCGCGGGCGGCAAAACCAUCUUCUUCAUUCCGCGGCUGCCGGUGGAUUUUGCGACGUGGAUGGGCCCGCUGCCGACACCGCAUGGUGUGAAGGCGCAGCUGGAGGUGGAAGAGGUGCACUACGUGGACGAGAUGGAGCAGGUGCUGAUGGGCUGUGGGGUACACACCGCCGAGGUGCUGAAAGGCACGAACACGGACAGCGGUCUCGAGGUGCUGCAGGCGAAGCUGCCAGAGGGGACUGCGCUGAGAACGUCCACCGACUACCUUUAUCGCGCGCUGAGCUCGCAGCGCUGCUACAAGACGGCCCUUGAGGCGGAUGUGCUCAAGUAUGUGUGCCAGGUGUCGAGCGCCGCGCACGUCAAAGUGAUGCAGAUUGCGAAGCCCGGCAUGUCGCAGCACCAUCUCGAGUCUACAUUCCUCCACGACGUGUACUACAAUGGCGGCUGCCGUCGUGUAAGCUACACUUGCAUCUGCGCCACGGGCCCCCACGGUGCUACGCUGCAUUACCCGGACAACAACUGCGUGAUCGAGGACGGCACGAUGGCGCUGCUGGACAUGGGCGGCAACUACCGCGGCUACGCCGCCGAUAUUACCUGCAGCUUCCCUGUGAACGGCAAGUUCACCGAGGCGCAGAAGAUCAUUUACAACGCGGUGCUCGACGCGCACGACAGGGUGAUGCGCACGAUGAAGCCGGGUGUUGAGUGGAUGGACAUGCACCUGCUCGCCAUCCGCACAAUUUGCACGCACCUGAUCGAGGCGGGCAUUCUCAAAGGCGACAUCGAAACGCUCAUGGCGAAGGAAAUCAUGCAGUACUUCCAACCACACGGCCUCGGCCACCUUCUCGGUAUAGACGUGCACGACGUUGGCGGCUACAUGGAGGGUUGCCCUGAGCGGCCGACGAGGAAGGACUGCUGCCGUCUGCGCACUGCGCGCCCGAUCGAGGAGGGGCUUUACAUGACCAUCGAGCCUGGCUGCUACUUUAACAAGGCACUGCUGGAGAUGGCGAAGGCGAACCCGGAUAUCCAGGAGCACCUGAACAUGGAGAAGCUCGAGGUGUACGCGAACUUUGGUGGCGUGCGCAUCGAGAGCGAUGUCCUGGUCACGAAGGACGGCGUGGUGAACUACACUCUAGUGCCACGCACGGUGGAAGAGAUCGAGAGAACGAUGGCGGGUGCGCCCUUCACGAAGGAGGUGGAGGUGUACCACAACUGA